GGGGCAUUUUUUGUGAUUAUGAUGCUUCAUAAUGUGGAAAAUUUGGCUGGAAUAAAAGUGGACUGUAUGGCUAUUGACUUCCAUGGCCGGCCAAGUUCGGUUGCGCGCUUUAUGCAAGGAAAAAGCCAAGUUAUGGAUGGCUUCAAUGGAGAUCUAUGCCUUGGACUUCGACAUGAAGUAAAUGUAGAUGUUCGAGCCUACUACGAAAUGCUCGAAAAUGAUGAUGAGGGGACAGCGUGUCGUCAUCCGAGUAACGACCAGGAACAAGAAUUCAACUGUCGUAGUCGUUGUCGACUUCACCUGAUUCGGGUUCCUUUUUUCCAUUUCAAAAUUCUACUUCGAUCCAAGAAUAAGCGCAAAGAAUAA